AUGGUGGACACAAUCAAAGAGCUAAGAAGUUCAAUCUCCAAGCCAAACGAAGAAAACGAAAGACCGCCCCAAGAGGAAUCUGCUGCUGCCGGAAAGGGUUCUGAACAAAAGGGGCCACCUUUUGUCACCCAAGAAGAUGUCAUUGCCAUGCUAGAGAAGAGCAGAGUCGAAGCCAAAAGGAUUGGAAGUAUGUUCCUCAGCCACCAUAUCCAUCAAGCUUACUCCAGCAGCCGUAUCCUAAAGGCUAUGAGGCACCAAGCUUCAUUCUUUUCGACAAAAGGAAAGGAAGCCCGAAGAAGCAUGUCAACCGUUUCAUUGAUGCUUUGGGACCAUAUGCUGGUGAUUAUAAUCUCCAACUUUGAGAGUUUUCAAAAAGUCUUACCGAUCGUGCUUAUACAUGGUACACGACAUUAG